AUGGGGGACAAUGGGCUGAGGGACACAAUGGAGACACUUUGGGGCCAUUUUAGGGCCUACGUGGUGCUUGGACAGUUCCUGGUGCUGAAGAAGGACGAGGAGCUGGGCCAUUUUAGGGCCUACGUGGUGCUUGGACAGUUCCUGGUGCUGAAGAAGGACGAGGAGCUGUUUCGGGAAUGGCUUCGUGACGCUUGUGGGGCCAACGCCAAGCAGAGCCGUGACUGCUCCGGCUGCCUGAGAGAGUGGUGCGAUGCCUUCCUCUGAGCCCCAAAAUCCACUCAAUUCACCCCAAAAUCCACCCCCUAUACACACACAUUGUUUCUUUAUCCCAUAUCCCCACCCUUUGUCCCAAAUCCGGUUGUCAAACUGCGCGUCCCUGCGCUGCUUCACUUGGCUGCGUGUGUCAAAUUGGGUCUUUCUGGGCCCAAAAUUGGUCUUUCUGGGCCCAAAUUGGGUCAUUCUGGGCCCAAAAUUGGUAUUUCUGGGCUCAAAUUUGGUCUUUCUAUGCCCAAAUUUGGUCUUUCUGGCCCCAAAAUUGGUCUUUCUGGGCCCAAAUUUGGUCUUUCUCAGCCCAAAUUUGGUCUUUCUGGGCUCAAAUUUGGUCUUUCUCAGCCCAAAUUUGGUCUUUCUGGGCCCAAAUUGGGUCAUUCUGGGCCCAAAAUUGGUAUUUCUGGGCUCAAAUUUGGUCUUUCUCAGCCCAAAAUUGGUCUUUCUGGGCCCAAAUUUGGGUCUUUCUGGGCCCAAAUUUGGUCUUUCUAGGCCCAAAAUUGGUCUUUCUGGCCCCAAAUUUGGUCUUUCUAGGCCCAAAAUUGGUCUUUCUAGGCCCAAAAUUGGUCUUUCUGGGCCCAAAUUUGGGGUUGUGGGGCUUAAAUUUCAGCUUUGAGGUCCCAAAAGGGUUUUGGGAUCCCAAAAGGGGAUUUUAGGGUCUUAAAUUUGUUUUUUCUGGGCCCA